UCUGUCAGAUGCAUGCAUGUGAAGGAUUUGCUGUGUGUGUUUGUGCUCGGCAGAAGCGGAGCUAUCAUUGGCAGAAGAGCGGGCAGUUCGUCCUUCAGUCGGUCGCACAGAUCCUGACGUGGCACCCCACAGGCUCGUGUGUGCUGACGGGCUCGUCGUGUCUGCAGCUGUGGUGUGACGCUCAGUCCAGCGCAGAGACCGAACCCGCUGCUCCUCAGCGCUCCUGGAGAAGCGUAUGGCAGUGCAAGUCCGCCGCUCCCACUCACUUCAUCAAGUUCUCCCCGGAUGGAGAGUUUUUUGCCACCGCAGGACAGGACGACUGUCUGGUGAAGGUGUGGUACAGCAGCAGUAAAUGGCAAGCAGACGUCACCAAACUCUUCACGCCGCUCGACCUGCGCUCCGGAGCCGAGAUCAACUUCUCCUUCAUUUACCUGGCUCACCCUCGCUCCGUCACCGGCUUCUCCUGGAGGAAGACCAGCAGAUACAUGCCCAGAGGCGCCGUGUGUAACGUGCUGCUGACCUGCUGCAAGGACAGCGUGUGUCGCCUGUGGGCCGAAACACUGCUGCCCAGCGACUGUCUUCUGUCUGGACUCAGACACAAUCACUGCAGCAAUGACGUGAUGAAGAAUAACAGCAUGAAGAAGAGCUCCAGCGACACCCGAGCGCAGAACCAGAACCCGCUGGAGCUGAAGCUGAAUCCGUCGUGGAGAGAGGAGGUGCGCUGUUUAUCUCAGCUCUCAUACAGCGGUCCUCUGCCCCAGCAGCAGAACAAACACAACGCCCAUCGCACCAACAUGUUGCACGCCAACGCACUGUGCCACUUCCACAUCGCCGCCAGCAUCAACCCAGCCACAGACAUCCCUCUGCUGCCCUCCAUCUCGUCCAUGAACGGCUCUGAUGAGGAGGAACCGGGCGGCCCGUUCACCGUUCACUGGCUCAACAACAAAGAGCUGCACCUGACGCUGAGCAUGGAGGUGUUUCUACAGCAGCUGAGGAGCAGCGGCGAGCAGAACGGACCCACAGAGCGCUACGGUACCGUGUGCAUCAUCGUUUCCUUCGUGUCCAGGAUUCCCGUGGCCUUCCCCACCGGCGACGCCAACUCUCUCAGCCGCAGCGUGGUCAUGUACGCCUGCAACAGAAAUGUGGACCUGGCCAUGCAGCACGGCCGUCAGCGUCCCGCGGGCCUGCCACACUCGUCCUCCUCGGCUCUGAUCGGACAGAGCCAGAACAAAACCUCCUCCAGCAGCCUGCGUCUCAGCAUCUUCACCCCCAGUGUCCUGAUGAUCUCCAAACAUGCCGACGGUUCGCUCAACCAGUGGGCCGUCAGCUUCGCCGAGGACUCGGCCUUCUCCACGGUGCUCAGCGUGUCUCAUAAGUCACGGUACUGCGGUCAUCGCUUCCACCUCAACGAUCUGGCCUGCCACUCUCUGCUGCCGCUGCUGCUUACCACCUCGCACCACAACGCCCUGAGGACGCCCGCCGCCGCUCUGACCGCCCCGGCCCGCAGGAGCAGAGUCUCGCAGGACCCCAGCGCCAUCUACAGCGAGCUGAUCCUAUGGCGGGUGGAUCCGGUGGGGCCGCUGUCGUUCUCUGGUGGCGUGUCGGAGCUGGCCAGGAUCAACUCGCUGCACGCCUCCGCCUUCUCUAACGUGGCCUGGCUGCCCACGCUCAUCCCCAGCAACUGCCUCGGCUUGCCUCACUCGUCCUCCUCCGCUCUGAUCGGACUGAGCCAGAGCAAACCCUCCUCCACCAGCCUGCGUCUCAGCAUCUUCACCCCCAGUGUCCUGAUGAUCUCCAAACAUGCCGACGGUUCGCUCAACCAGUGGGCCGUCAGCUUCGCCGAGGACUCGGCCUUCUCCACGGUGCUCAGCGUGUCUCAUAAGUCACGGUACUGCGGUCAUCGCUUCCACCUCAACGAUCUGGCCUGCCACUCUCUGCUGCCGCUGCUGCUUACCACCUCGCACCACAACGCCCUGAGGACGCCCGCCGCCGCUCUGACCGCCCCGGCCCGCAGGAGCAGAGUCUCGCAGGACCCCAGCGCCAUCUACAGCGAGCUGAUCCUAUGGCGGGUGGAUCCGGUGGGGCCGCUGUCGUUCUCUGGUGGCGUGUCGGAGCUGGCCAGGAUCAACUCGCUGCACGCCUCCGCCUUCUCUAACGUGGCCUGGCUGCCCACGCUCAUCCCCAGCAACUGCCUCGGUGUGUAUGGAAACUCACCCAGUGCCUGCUUCAUCGCUAGUGACGGACACUCGCUCCGACUCUAUCAGGCCAUCAUCGAGGCCAAGAAACUGCUGAGUGAACUCUCCAACCCCGACAUCUCCAAAUAUGUUGGAGAGGUGUUUAACAUCAUCAGCCAGCAGUCGACGGCCAGACCAGGCUGCAUCAUUGAGCUUGAUGCCAUCACAGACUUUCAGGGGAAAGAGACGCAGCUGCUGCACGUGUUCGAGGAGGACCUGAUCUUGGGAAGCGAGAAAGUAGACGACUGCCUGCAGGAUUCUGUUCCCAGCCGGACGCUCUUCUCCGCUCGCUUCUACCUGGUGGUGGUGGAGAUCACUCAGAGCGGCAGGUCGCUCCUGCACAUGUGGCAUCUACAGCUGGACGCAGUUCCCGUCGUUAUGGAGCAAACUCAAACUCCAGACAGAGAGACUGUGUCUCCAUCAUUUAACUUUGAGACGGUCGGCUCGCCACAAACCCCGAGACCCAAACUGAAGACGUCUAACCUCCAGAGCGCCUGCCGCCUCACUCUGACCAACACAAAAGUCUUCAGCCAGGAGCUGGAUCUGCCGCAGGGCGUUGAAGUCAUUCGUGUGUCACCUGCUGCAGGUCAUUUGAGCGCCUCGUCUCUGCAGCCGGCCGGACGCUCUCCGUAUCUGCUGGCCACGUCUUGCUCAGACGGAUCGGUCCGGUUCUGGAGGUGCAGCGCCGUCUCUGACCCCGAUGGCUCUGCUGACCCGUCAUACGUCUGGGAGGAGUGGGCUUUGCUUGUGGAGGAGGGCGAGGCCAGCAGCAGCGCUCUGAGCGUGUCCGGUCAGCUCAUGGGUCUCAGCUGCUGUCACACCAGCAGAGUCGCAGUCGCGCACCGGAGCCACGAACCCAUCAUGCACAUCAGCAUCUUCCAGUGCGACUCCACCGGAGGCUCUCAGUGGAUUCUGGAGCAGACGCUUAAAGUCUGCGGUGCAUACAGCCCCAGUGCCAACGACUGUGAUAAAAUCCUGAGUAACGGCUGUUCAGUUAAGAGGCAGGUCCACUUAGACUGGGUUUCCAGAGAAGAUGGCUCUCACAUAUUAACUGUAGGUCUAGGAUCCAAACUUUACAUGUACGGGAUGCUUUCUGGAACACCUCCAGAUCUGGGUCUGUCCGAUUGCAGUAAUCGACAGCACAGCUCUCAAUUGGUGCUCCUCCGAGUGGUGGAUCUGGUGUCGUCGGUUGAAGGUUCGCUACCCAUCCCUGUCUCUCUAUCUUGGGUGCGAGAUGGCAUCUUAGUAGUCGGGAUGGAUUGCGAAAUGCACGUGUACUCCCAGUGGCAGCCGCCGGCUCCUGUCAAACUGUCACGCACUGGUAGCGUGACGUCGGUGAAACAGGAGGGACUCAGUCCGAAUCCUUCGAAAAAGACCCUCACCAGAUCCAUGACUAGUUUGGCUCAGAAACUCAGUGGAAAGAGAACCGUGUACGACCUCCCGGCCGAGAUGGAGGAUUCUGGGUUGUUUGAGGCGGCCUAUCACCUGUUUCCUACUCUGCCCCAGUAUCACCCAGUGCAGCUGUUGGAGCUCAUGGACCUCGGGAAGGUGCGCCGGGCCAAAGCCAUCCUGUCCCAUCUGGUGAAGUGCAUUGCUGGGGAGAUCGUGUCUAUGAAGGACACUGCGAUAAACCAGGAGCGGCGUCUGCGCUCGCUCACCAUCAGCGCCAGCGGAAGCACCGCCCGAGACCCGAAGAUGUUCAGCAAAGCUGAGAGCUCCGACUACACCGAAAUCGACUCCAUCCCGCCGCUGCCUCUGCAUGCGCUGUUAGCCGCCGACGAGGAGACCGCUCCUAGUGCCAAAGAACGAUCGGAGAGCGUGAGCGCUCACGGCCAAAGCGACGCUUACAACGAGCUCUUCCAGACCACCGGCGUCAGUGUGGAUGACAUGGACCCUUUUGAUGGAGAUGAGGAGGAUGCAAACGCUAAAGUCAUUGAUUUGUCAAAGUACAGCCCUACGUUCUUCGGCUCCGAACAUGCACAGGUGUUAUCGGGACACCUGCUUCACUCCAGCCUGCCGGGCCUGACGCGGAUGGAGCAGAUGUCUCUGAUGGCUCUGGCGGACACCAUCGCUUCCACCAGCACCGACAUUGGAGAAAGCCAAGGGAAAGGCCAAGGUGGAGAGACGCUGGAUGAAUGUGGGCUGAAGUUCCUGCUGGCCGUCCGCCUGCACACCUUCCUCCUCACGUCUCUGCCUCCGGCUCAUCGCGCUCCGCUUCUCUGCCAAGGACUGUCCACCUGUCACUACGCCUGGGCGUUCCACUCCGAGGCCGAAGAGGAGCUGCUCAACAUGCUUCCGGCCCUGCAGAAAGGAGAGCCCGCGUGGCCCGAGCUGAGAGCCAUGGGCAUGGGCUGGUGGCUCAGGAGCACCAACAAGCUUCGCAGAUGCAUUGAGAAGGUAGCAAAAGCUGCUUAUCAGAGAAACAACGACCCGUUAGACGCAGCCUUGUUUUAUCUGGCCAUGAAGAAGAAAGCUGUGGUCUGGGGACUGUACAGGUCCCACCAUAACGUGAAGAUGACGGCGUUCUUCAGCAAUAACUUCAGUGAAGACCGCUGGAGGAAGGCAGCGCUGAAGAACGCUUUCUCUCUGCUCGGAAAGCAACGUUUCCAGCAUUCAGCGGCUUUCUUUCUGUUGGCCGGAUCCCUGAAAGAUGCUGUUGAGGUUUGUAUAGAGAAGAUGCAGGACCUUCAGCUGGCUCUGGUGGUCUGUCGGCUGUACGAGUCUGAGUUCGAGAUGUCCUGCAGCUACAAGCGAAUCCUGCAGAGGCAUGUGUUGGGUCAAGACCAGCAGAUCGCAGCCCAUCAGGACCCUUUCUUACGCAGCAUGGCGUACUGGGUCUUAGAUGACUACAGCAGGGCUUUGGACACGCUGCUCGAGCCCAAUGCAGACACGUCACAUGAAGGAACCGGAUCGUCUCCCUGUAGUCCUGAUGUUUUUAACUUCUACACCUACCUCCGCACACACCCGCUGCUGCUGCGCCGUCACUUCGGCUCCUGUGAUAAAGCUAAAGUGGGUCUGACCGCUGAAGGCCGCGCCAUCAGCCUCACAGAGAGGAGGCUCUUCUUCACCGCCGCUUAUGCACACUUACAGGCCGGCUGCCCCAUGCUGGCUUUAGAGGUGCUCUCCAAAAUGCCAAAGGUCGUGAAGCGCUCAAAGCCGUGCGAGAAUUCGUCCGUGUCGUCGAGCGAGCACAAAGACCAGGCCUCGGCUCCGUGGCCGGUUCUCAACGGCUUGGAGUCCGUGUCCUCGCUCUCGUCUCCCAGAGAGGACAGCCAGUCGGACUCUGUGCUCAGUUUCGACUGGAGCCAGCCGUCUGUCACCCUGCAGGACGACCCUCUGGAUCUCAAGUGGGACAGCGAUAAAGACGACUCGGACGAGGAAGAAUCAGGCCUGGCGAUGAAGACCAUCCGUCCGGAGAAAGACGACGGCACUCCGGAAGCGACAUCCACCCCCAGGGAUCACGCCGUAGAUCACGGCGCGGACGAUUCGCCUGCACUGACCGAGGACAUCCUCGCCGCGCAGCUGAAGUUCAGCUCCUGUCUGAAGAUCCUCACCACAGAGCUGCGGACGCUGUCCACGGGAUACGAGCUGGACGGAGGGAAGCUGCGGCAUCAGCUGUGUCACUGGCUGGAGCGAGCCGUGGCGGCGCUGCAGAGAUGCUGCGGAUACAACCCCUUCCUCCAGCACCUGCCCGAGGGCAUCUCGGCCGACCUGAGCCAGGUGGAGGAUCUGGAGGAGCGGGGCGCGGCGGAGCAGGCCCGAGAGCUGCAGCACCGGCGCAGACUGUGGCUGAAGAGGAACCAGCCGCUGCUGCGCAUCUUCCUCAGCUACUGCAGCCUACACGGCUCUCACGGAGGAGGACUGGCCUCCGUCAGGAUGGAGCUCAUUCUGCUGCUGCAGGAGUCCCAGCAGGACGACAGUCUGCAGAUCUCCGUUCCCGCUCCGCAGCACCUGUCUGUUCCUCUUUUCCUGGCGUGGACCGCCAGCUCCAAAACAGUGGUGGCCAAUCCCAUAGUGCACCUGACCAACCUCACGCAUGACAUACUGCACACCAUCAAUGCUCUGGACGCGCCUCCGCACCCGGAUAUCGUCAACAACGAGAUCUACGUGAUGCACACGCUGGCUGCUUCCCUCUCCGCCUGCAUCUAUCAGUGUCUCUGUGACGGACACAGCUACAGCCACGUGAAUCCGUUCACGGGCAUCACCUACCAGAGCGUCCUGCUUACCCAUCAGCCCCCGGUGAGGAGCGUCAGCAUCGAGGAGGCCAUCCUGCCCAACACCUCUCCUGCGCAGUGGCCUGGUGUGAGCGUCCUGAUGCGGCUGCUGAGCGCGUCUGGAGACGAGAGCCAGCCCGGUCUGCCUGUGCUCCUGUGUGAGAUCCUGACCGCCGUCAUCCUCAGCCUCUUCGUCCACGGUCUGGCCACUCACUCCAGCCACGAGCUCUUCCGCAUCGUCGCUCACCCGCUCAACAGCAGGCUGUGGGUGUCUGUGUUCGGCGGCGGCGCUCGUGCUCCUGUGCCGGAGAAGCCCAGCUCACCCACAGUGGAAGAUGUGGAGCGGAGGCAGCGGCGUUCCCGGCUGAGCUCAUCACGCAGUAACUCCAGAGAGGUUCCCGACAGUCCGGUCAGUCCCAGACCCGUGGUGAUGGAGCCGGACACAUCCGUCUGUAAAGAGCGCUUUGUGCCGCCUGAGCUCAGCAUCUGGGAUUAUUUCAUCGCAAAGCCGUACCUGCCUCCGUCUGCCAGCCGAGUGGAGUAUGACUCUGAGGAGAGCCAAGGCAGUGAGGAAGAGGAGGAUGAGGAAGAGGAAGAUGAGGAUGAGGAUGAAGGAGAUCCAUUUGAUUCCGACUCUCCACUGGCAGAGCAUUCCAACAAUAACUCGUACAGCUGGUGUCUGAUGCGCUUGGCCAUGGUGCAGACCGUCCUGGUCAACCUCAAGACCUUCUACCCAAUGGCAGGUCACGACCUCUUAGAUCUGCCCGUGUGCUCGCCGCUCUGUCACGCCGCUCUCAAGACACUCCAGCGCUGGGAGCAGUUGCUGCUCAAGAGGUUGGAGAUUUUUGGAGGUCCUCCGUCGAAGUUCAUCUGCACUCAGCUUUUGGAGGACAGCGUGUCGUCGGGUCCGGCGCUGCUGCGGCACAAAGCCCUGUUUGAGCCCUCCAACACGCCCUUUAGGUCCCGCCGGCGCUCUGCUCUGCCCGUCAGACGGCUGUGGCAGUAUCUGGUCAAACAGGAAGAAGUUCAGGAGACGUUCAUACGAAACAUCUUCACCAAGAAACGAGAUCAGAAUGAGAUCGAGGCCGGUCUGGGGUUUCCUGGAGGAAAAGCUCGGAUCAUCCACAAGGAGUCGGACAUCAUCACGGCGUUCGCCAUCAAUAAGGCCAAUCGCAACUGUUUAGUGAUCGCCUCCACCCACGACAUCCAGGAGCUGGAUGUGUCCUCCAUCCUCGCCACGCAGAUCCUGACCUGGGUCGAUGACGAGAACGAGGCCGAGGUCAAAGGGACGGAUGAUUUCCUGGUGGUUCACGCUCGGGACGACUUCAGCGCGCUUCACGGCAGCACACCCUAUACCCACAGCAGCCCCGGGACACCCAUCAACAUGCCCUGGCUGGGGAGCCUGCAGACGGGCCGAGGAGCCGCCGUGCUCAUCAAACGCAACAUCAACAACGUGAGGCGGAUGACGUCACACCCCACGCUGCCCUACUAUCUGACCGGAGCUCAGGACGGCAGCGUGCGCAUGUUUGAGUGGGGUCACUCACAGCAGAUCAUCUGCUUCAGGAGCCCCGGAAACUCCAGGGUCACCAGGAUACGCUUCAAUUAUCAGGGCAAUAAGUUUGGGAUCGUGGUUGCGGACGGAGCGCUCAGUCUCUGGCAGACCAGUACCUCAGGAAACACUCCCAAACCCUAUCUGACACUUCAGUGUCACAAUAAGACGGCGAAUGACUUUGUGUUUGUGGGCUCGUCGUCUCUCAUCGCCACUGCAGGCCUGUCCACAGACAACAGGAACGUGUGUCUGUGGGAUACGCUGGUCACGCCGGCAUACAGUCUGGUUCACGGCUUCAGCUGUCACGAGUCUGGCUCCACGGUUCUGGCUCUGGCGUCUAAACAGCAGCUGCUGCUCAGCGGAGGCCGGAAGGGCUGGAUCAGUGUUCUGGACCUCAGUCUGAAGAUCCAGCGCCAGAGUUUCCAGGCGCACGACUCGGCCGUCAAAGCACUGGCCAUCGACGCCAGCGAGAGCUGCUUCAUCAGCGGAUCGGCCGAGGGCAACAUCAAGGUCGUUAUAUACUGCUUCAGCUGUCACGAGUCUGGCUCCACGGUUCUGGCUCUGGCGUCUAAACAGCAGCUGCUGCUCAGCGGAGGCCGGAAGGGCUGGAUCAGUGUUCUGGACCUCAGUCUGAAGAUCCAGCGCCAGAGUUUCCAGGCGCACGACUCGGCCGUCAAAGCACUGGCCAUCGAUGCCAGCGAGAGCUGCUUCAUCAGCGGAUCGGCCGAGGGCAACAUCAAGUUUGAGUUUUAG